GCAUAUGCCACCAUGUUCUUAUCAACAUUUCAGGUCACUCAAAUGACUGUCGACAACACUGCCUUAAUUUCUAUGGACCCCAUCUUCGAAACGGACAUGGGCAAUGCUUCGCGCUUUCAUUUCAAGCAGAUACCAGAAGCCCAGAAUUCUAACUCGUACGAUCAGUACGAAACAUUCUACCUACGAGCGCGAUUCAUCACUGGACUCGUGUUCUAUCCGAUCGUCUGUGUAUUUGGAAUUACCGGCAACAUUAUGUCUAUCAUCGUUAUGUCUCAGCGUCAAAUGCGAUCAUCAACGAACACUUAUUUAUUUGCAUUGGCAGUGUCGGAUUUGAUAAAGUUACUCUGUGACUUCCUAUACUUUACUGUGAUAUUAUUAUUUCAAAUAGACACGCCAACAGGAAAUAAGGCAUAUGGAUUUCUGUACCCUUAUGCCCACUACGUGUUCAACGCAUCCUUGUGUAUAUCGGCGUGGCUUAUCGUAUCGGUGGCCGUGGAACGAUAUGUGUAUGUUUGCCAUCCAACAAAAGUGAAAUUCUUCUGCAACAUUCAUAAAGCAAGGAUCAUUUCUACGUCUGUUUUUAUCAUCAUGGCAAUAUUAGCCAUACCGUACGCAAUGCGAUAUCGUACCAUACACCGACUAAACAACAAAACCGGGUCGUAUCAAUAUGACGUUAUAGUAACAGAGCUGUGGAAAAACCAAAUGUUUACUGAAAUAUACACGUGGUUUCAGAAUUUAAUGCGUUCUAUAAUUCCGCUGGUGAUUUUGAUAGUUUUAAAUACUUGCAUUAUAUACGGACUACGGCGAUGUCGUAUUUUCCGUGCAAAAGCACCCAAGAAACACAAAAUUACCUCAAUGUUGGUGGUGGUAAUUAUCGUAUUUUUGCUCUGCAUCACUCCGGAUACAAUAAUGUCCACAUUUUUUGGUCUAGGCUAUUCUGAAGAAAACUUUCUUGCGAGAGGAAUUCGUGAAAUUACUGACCUUUUACUUUUGAUCAAUUCCGCUGUGAAUUUUAUAAUUUACUGUAUAUUUAACACGAUUUUCUGGUGCCAGUUCCAACGGCUGUUCUGUUAUACGUGCUGUCGCCGACAUCGCGGUGUUUCGGAUGCGAGAAAUUUGUCAUUAUUAGAUAUUGGCUCAGCACGAUCCAUUCUCAGGCGCAGAAGUGAUUUCUAG